AUGGCAUCUACUCAAUUGGACAAUAAACCAGCUAAAGAUCUGGCUGAAGACAAUGCUUUUUUCCCUUCGCCAUAUUCUUUGUCUCUUUACACUUCUAAAAAAACGGAUUAUGAUGGAACAACCUAUGAACAUCCUUAUAAAGGUGAAAAGAAGUUUUUGAUGAUUGCUACUGAUGAAAGAUAUAUUAUGAUGAAAAAUGGCAAGUUUUUUUCUACUGGUAACCAUCCGGUUGAAAUGCUUUUGCCCAUGUUCCAUCUUGACAAUGCCGGCUUUAAAUUUGACAUUGCCACUUUAUCUGGAAAUCCGGUGAAGUUGGAAAUGUGGGCAUUUCCAACUGAAGAUAAAACGGUUGUCGACACAUAUGAGAAGUAUAAGGAUCAAUUGAAAAAUCCUUACAACCUUGAUGACAUUUUGGAGAAGAUAGUGUCUAAGGAUUCUCCUUAUGCCGGUGUUUUUAUUCCCGGAGGUCAUGGUGUUUUAGCACAUAUUCCUGAAAGUACUUCUGUUAAGAAGGUCUUGAAUUGGGCUUUGAAAAAUGACAAGUAUAUUAUCACUCUUUGCCAUGGUCCUGCCUGCUUGUUGUCUGCUAGUGUCGACGAGAAACCAGAAGAUUUUCCUUUCAAAGAUUACACUAUCUGUGUUUUCCCAGACUCUUUAGAUACUGGAGCAAACCAAGAUAUUGGUUAUAUGCCAGGCCAGUUGAAAUGGCUUGUUGGCGACCGUUUAUCGAAGUUGGGUGUCAAAGUUCUCAAUCAAGAUAUUACUGGGAAAUGCCAUAAGGAUCGAAAAUUGCUUACUGGUGACAGUCCUUUGGCCUCAAACAACUUGGGUAAGCUGGCAGUCGAGACCUUAUUGGCAGAUCCUGAAUUUAAGUAA